GGGGGGGUGAGAAGGAGCUGAGCUGAGCUAAGCUGAUCCCACGUGUGACGGAUCUCGCUGCUUCCCCGGCUCCGUCUCUCUGUGAGAUUCGGUGUAGCUCGGGAGGGGGGGGAGGAGGAAAAGGAGGAGGAGGAGGAGGGAGAUCUUUGGGCUUGUAGCUGGCCGCUGCUCUGCUCCGAUCACUGUGGGGCUUAAUUUUUUGGGGUGGGGGGGCGGGGGGGGCCUCAGAUAUGGAGGCAGAUGGGAGCCAAGCCACCUCUGGAAGCCCUAACGACUCACAGCACGACCCUGGUAAAAUGUUUAUCGGUGGCCUGAGCUGGCAAACCUCACCAGAUAGCCUUAGAGACUAUUUUAGCAAAUUUGGAGAAAUUAGAGAAUGUAUGGUCAUGAGAGAUCCCACCACCAAACGCUCCAGAGGCUUCGGUUUCGUCACGUUUGCCGACCCAGCAAGUGUAGAUAAAGUAUUAGCUCAGCCCCAUCAUGAGUUAGAUUCGAAGACGAUCGACCCCAAAGUUGCAUUUCCUCGUCGAGCACAGCCCAAGAUGGUUACAAGGACAAAGAAAAUCUUUGUGGGCGGAUUAUCUGCGAAUACAGUUGUAGAAGAUGUAAAGCAAUAUUUUGAGCAGUUUGGCAAGGUAGAGGAUGCUAUGCUGAUGUUUGAUAAAACCACCAACAGGCACAGAGGGUUUGGUUUCGUCACUUUUGAGAAUGAAGAUGUUGUGGAGAAAGUCUGUGAAAUACAUUUCCACGAAAUCAAUAAUAAGAUGGUAGAAUGUAAGAAAGCACAGCCUAAGGAAGUGAUGUUCCCACCCGGGACAAGAGGACGGGCCAGGGGCCUCCCUUACACAAUGGAUGCUUUCAUGCUAGGCAUGGGAAUGCUAGGCUACCCAAACUUUGUGGCGACAUAUGGCCGAGGCUAUCCCGGAUUUGCUCCAAGCUACAGCUAUCAGUUUCCAGCCCUAUUACCAUAUUUAAAUGCAAGUUUUCCAGCAGCAGCAUAUGGACCAGUGGCAGCGGCGGCAGUGGCAGCUGCAAGAGGAUCAGGUAGGGAGGUGUAUGGAAGAGGCGGCUACACGGCAUACCCCCAGUGUGCAGGGGAAGUCCUGAAUAGCUACAGUGCUCAACCGAAUUUUGGCGCGCCCGCUUCCCCGGCAGGCUCCAACCCGGCGCGGCCCGGAGGCUUCCCUGGGGCCAACAGCCCAGGACCCGUCGCCGACCUGUACGGCCCAGCGAGCCAGGACUCCGGAGUGGGGAAUUAUAUAGGCGCAGCCAGCCCACAGCCGGGCUCCGGCUUCAGCCAUGGAAUAGCUGGACCUUUGAUUGCAACGGCCUUUACAAAUGGAUACCACUGAGCAGGUGCUCUUGUUGCCAUCUCACUCUGAGAGCAUACCUGGAUGUCCAGGCAAGACUGGGCGAAGUUUCUGAGUGGCCCUUUGUUUAGGUGAUAUCUUCAGACCUGGACACCUCCAGCCUCACUCCCCACCCCCACCCCACUGGAGAUGGCUCACUUCGGACUGAGGGUUGAAUUCAAUCUCAUCAUCUCAUGAAUCUGCUGUACUAUAUAAGACAACAGCUUUUAAAAAUGUGUAUAUAAUCCAUAAUUUUUGUGGGUUUUUUCUUUUUUUCUUGAUGGAUCCCUUUGUCCCAUCCUCACCCCCACACCUUACCUUUUAAAUAUCUUUGAAUCACAUUUGGUAGUGUUUUUGACAUAGUCUAGUAGCCUCGUCGCUUUAAUAUGUAGUGAAAAGCUAACCAUAGUAUAACUGUUAUAUUAAGGAUUUUACUUUCUUUAAAAAAAAAAAAAAAAAAAAAAAAAACUUUUUUGGUUCUGAUUUUGGUUCUGUUCCUGCUUCAAGGAUGCUGAGAUGGUAAUGUGACUCUCAACCUUUUGGUGCCCAUUCUGAAAUUGUAUAACUUUUCAGGUGGAAUUUUAGCACACUCUGAAAGUCGAGAAGCUCCAGAGAGGGAGUUGGGCAUAAAAGUUUAUCAUUUGCAUUUGUAGAAGCGAGAUCAUAGCUUAACUAACAGGCUCUUUAGCGAUUCAUUUUUGUGAUGUCUCUUUGUUAACCUAAGUAUAUCUAUUUUCGGCAAUAAGGUAAGGACGACAACAUUUCGGUCGUCCUUCUUUUCUAUAAGUGCUUUUUUCUGUUGAAAGAGGUGAUAUUAUAAGAUUUUUUGAAAUUGUGAAUUCUGGAGAAAAAAAUAAUAAGUGCUGUAAAUACAAUUCCAUUAACUACAUAGAAACUAUUAAGAAAGAGAAAAUGAAAAAAAAAUAUUUUUGUGAGGGACUUAGUCCCAGGCAGUUUGAUGAUUCAUGGAAAGAAACUAAAAAGGAAAAUAAUUUUUUUUAAAGAAAAAUAAAAGGUCAAUUUUUGAGUUUUAAGGUCUAAGAACAAUCAGCUGCCAGGGCUGCCCUUGAUGAAGUCAAAAAGAACACAGUUUAGCUCUCUUUUGUCAGUACAUUAGACCUAAGAAUUCUACUAGUGUCACACCAGCAUACUCACUGCUCCUUUGUACACAGCUUCCGAUGAUCAGUCUAGUUGUAUUUUUUAAUUUAAACUAUGAAAUACUGCUUUUCCCAAGACUUUGAAAAAGAUAGCAAUGUUAAUAUUUAACGUAUUUAAAGUUCAAAGCACACCUGUUUGGCUUGGGGGAGGGGGGAGGGCAUUUUUUUUAGUCAUUUAAAAAAUUAGAUUGUUUUUAUUGUCCAAUCAUUUCAGCUCCUCCAAGUGUCGCCCAAGACACUUCCCUCUUUUCUCCCCUUCCUCUCUCUCUCCCUCCCCCAGUUUGGGGCCCCUGGGCCAGGGAUGGCUAGUCCUACAUUAUUGAUACCUAUAUCCAUUAUAACUUUUCAUUAACAAAUUAGGAAAGCAAACUCCUUAUUUUUUUUUUUUUUUUUUAAUACCUCAGUGCUGCGAGUAUCACCAGAGAGGCUAGGGAAGAUUUUUUUUUUUUUGUUUUGUUUUGUUUUUAAUUUAUUGUAGAUGUAAACAGAAUUAAAACAUUUUUUAAAAGUAUAAACAUCACUGCACUGUGACUGGUGGGAAAAACUGACAAUUUCCUGUUUGCACAUGUUUAAUAUUUGGCUGUUAUAAUAUAUGGUCCUCAGUUGGGGAAAAGAUACUUAUGAUGAAGGAUAUUUUUUAAUUUAAUUUUUUAAUAUUGGUAAAUAGGCCUGCAACAGCAAUUUAGAAAAGUACAACUCAGUAGAUGGCAUUAAACAACAACACCAACAAACAUACUGUAGUGUGAAUAUAUUUUUUCUUUUUUUAACGUGAUAUUGACAAGUUUUAUUAAUAUUUUUUUAAAUUGUUACGUUUAUAAAUUUGGUACUCGAGGCACAGCCAGUAUGAGACACUGAAUGCGACAUUUAUUAUAAAGAGCUGCUGCACUCCUAUUUUUAUAAAUGUUACUAAUGAAUAGACUAACGUAGGCAUUCACUAGGCAGGGUAGCGCAAAGGCAUCUUCAAACAAGAGGCGCCAUGAUGCUGAAUGAAAAGGAAGGAAAAAAAAAAAGCUUUGGGUUUUUUUUUUCUUUCUUAGUUUUGAUAAGUAAACAAAAUGAAUCAUGCUCUUUGUUUUUCCAACAUAACAUUUUAGGAUUGUUGUGGGGUUUGGUUUUGUUUGGGGUUUUGUUUUUUGUUUUUGUUGGGGGGAGGUUCUUUCUUAUUUUGGAACAACCAGGUUAAGUAAAAAUGCUGGACGCUUUUUAAAUAUUGAGACUUGAUCAAGUAAUAACAAUAAAAGUAGAUGGUGGUUCUUUAAAAAAAAACACAAAAAAACAAAAACCAACAAAAAAAAAAACAUAAAAAAGGAAGUCAAUUCCCUGUGAUUCAAUGUCUAUUCCAGGGAAUUUUUUAUUAAUAUUUUGUCCAUGUUGAGGAUGUACUGUACUACCAUUUGUUUUCUCUUCAUUCCCUGUCACCUCAUAGAUGAUUCUUUGUUGACCAUUGUCUGUUAAUAAUGUAUAAAAUGGCUAUCUUGUAAGCGUGCUGUCCUGAUACUAGUGUAGUAACUUUUUUUCUCCUCUUUCUUCUAGUACAUAUUGGUAGGUGUAUUGUAAUUAAGGUUAAAAAAAAAAAUUAGAUGUAGUUAUUCAGAUUUAGGACCAGUAAGGAUAGAACUUUCUCUUAUUUAAGAAAACAAAAUGCUAAUUUUGGGGCAGUUUUUUUUUUCUUUUUUAAUUGUCUUUUUUAAUUUUAAGGUCAAUUUUUUUGUUUUAUUUUCCUUUAUUUUUCUUUUCCUUAUUUUUCUUUUCUUUUUUUUUUCUGAUCUGAUGUGGUUUCAACUAACCAAAGGUCUCACAAUGUUAAAAUGCUGGCAAACUCCCCAGCAUUUUGUAGAUCCCCACCCCCCCCUUAACUUUGAAGGGGUCUGCCAUACUACCUUAAAUGCUAAUGCUAGAUAUGCAAAACUGGAUUUUUUUAAUUUAUUUUUUAAAAGAGGGAGGCAUGGUAUAUUAAAAUGAUUUUACUAAGAGAAAAAAUAUUUUUUUAAGAAUGUUCAGAAGAAACUGAUAAUCUGUGUGAAUAUGUUUUAGAUGUUUAUAUACCUUUUGAAGAGACCCAGUAGCCCAUAGCACAAAUCUUGUGGAAUCUGAUAUGUUUCAAUGUGGCUACCUAGGUUAAGGUUCACGUUAGUUCCCCCUGCCCCAAUCAUCUAGAAGUCCAUUUUGAAAGAUUUUUGUAAAUUAUUUUAGCACUGAUGUUCAGCCUCGUCUUUGUUUCAAUUAAGCUCAAUGGUGACCUGGGAACUACCUUUGAUGGAGGAGAAUACCAUUUGGGCAAUCCCUUCUCCUUCUCUCCCAAGUCUGGGAAAUAGCCACUUGUGUGACACUCCAGCCUCCAGUUGGGCAAGUCACUUCACCACUUUGGGCCUCAGUUUCCUCAACUAUAUAAUGGGGGUUGGACUGGAUGACCUUUCAGGGCCUUUCCAGCUCUACCGUGCUAUAGUUCUAUUGGUCUAAUUCCAUCUGCCCAGGGCCCAAAGAUCUCUUUGUCUCCCAAUGGAAGGAGCAUGGCAUUUGCUGGAUAGUUCCUGUGCCCCUUUUCCCCUCCCACCCAGAAAGGGCGAUAUUGAGAGGACAGAGUUCCUGAUCUCUCCAGGAGUAUUUUGAAAACAUGGACUAGCUCAGCCUUCCUCCUCCCCUCCUCCCCCCAGAAAACCAGAGCACAUGGCUCCCACCCCACCCCACCCCACUGCCCAUUGGCUUGAUUCAAACGAAGCUUGACCUGGCCUUUGCAUUUCUAUCCUUCAUAAUGUUCGUUUUAAUUUGAACUUUGUAGCUUGGACUUUAAGGUAGCAUGGCUCUAUUGCUGUCCAUUUAAUUUCUCAUCUUACAGCAAUCCACAGCCAGUAAAUGUUACACACAUCUUAUUAGACUAGUUCAAUCAUUGGGUAAUUGUUGGUUCUAAUGACCUGAAAGGUGUUCAGUUUUUUUUUUGUUGUUGUUUUUGUUUUUCUUUUUUUUUUGUUUUUCUUUUUUUUGGUUUUGAUUUUGGUUUGGUUUUGUUGUUUUUCUUUUCUUUUUCUCUUUUUUUUUUCUUGUUCUACUUUUAUUUUCUGGCUAGGAAAAAAAAAAUUACCAAACUAUUUUGAUCUUUAGUGCAAGCGAGGGCUAGGGACUUAGCCUCCACCUCCACCAACCACACUGUUUCAUUCUGCCAUUCACUUACUUACUGCAGCAUAAUCAAGAAUAAAGCAAUAUAGUUUACUACAUUUUUAUUGAAGGUCAGCCAUGCUUUCUGUAUUAUAUUGCAUAUGAAAUUGUUUACAAAAAAAAAAAAAAAGAACACUAACUCAUACUUAUCUUUAGUCUAUUGGAAAUGGCACGCAGGGACAGAGGGAAUUUGAGGGGGGGAGAGAGAAUAUUUUUCUUGAAUGUGCUUCAUAUUUUCCCAAGGAAGGGGAUAGCAAGGGAUCUGUGCGGGAGCAAAAGGGAAGGAGAAGCAGGCACAUCGGAGAAAGAUAAACACUGGCGGGUCCUCCUGUCCUCAUCCUACUGGCAUGAAAUACGCAGAACUCAGCUCAGCCCGUCUCUUGGGCACAGACACUACAUGAGGAGAUCUUCUGUAAGUUAAGCAAUACUUUAAUACUGUAAUAAGUUUGUUUGUUUUUUUUUAACCAAAUAUAAACACACACACACACACACACACACACACACACACACACCCCACCCCCUUGGCAGAAGGACCCUUCAUCAAAGCCUUCUGGCCAAAAGCUACCAAAACAAUCAAAAAAAAAA